AUGAAGCUUCCUGAGACGAAGCCAAACGAGCUGAAGUAUGGAGACAAACGGGUAGUUUGUUGUGAACAUGUUUUAUGUUUGGUGCAGACAGUAAGAAAGAGAGUCUCUCCUUCUGCUGCUCCCCCAGGUACUCCUUUCCCUAAGUGCUUCAUGCAGGUGGCUAAGAAGAUUUUGUCUCGUCUGUUCCGGGUGUUUGUCCACGUCUACAUCCACCACUUCGACCGGGUCUCCCAGAUGGGCGCUGAGGCGCACGUCAACACCUGCUACAAGCAUUUCUAUUACUUCGUCACUGAGUUCAACCUGACGGACCACAAAGAACUGGAACCCCUGAAAGAGAUGACUGCUCGAAUGUGCCACUGAGGGAUCUGAGGACACGCUGGACACGUCCAUCCGUCCAUCUCCAUGACUGAAUCAGAGAGAGAAAUGGGAGCAAAGAAAUCCAGAGUCUAUUUUUAUAUUUAAGUACUGUAAUCUAUUUUAUCCACAUUCUUUAGGUUUUCAACAAGAAUGUUCUCGUGUGAGGCAAACUAUUCCUUUAAAAAAGAAAAAAAAAACAAAAGAAAAAAAAGCUCUUGCAGACAUGUUAUCAGAUCACAGUAUUAAGAGGCAUAUGUUUGUGUUCAUGUUUUUCUAUUUUAUUUCAGUCGUUCCACCAGGCUAUCUCCUUCCUCUCGGUUUAAAAUGAUCUGAAAUUAGAUUUUUAUUUCUGACUGUAAGUCUUAAAAAUCACUAUGUUGUUACAUUAAAGUGAUUUCUAAUCUGUUUUAA